CAACUGAAUCUCAACUCAGAAGCACUACGACAACCUAACUGGGGACCGGUUGCAGCUCUGAAAGAAUAGACAGCUGAUUGCAUUUACGACUUUGCUUUUUAAAUAUAUAACUAUAUUAAUAAUUUAUUCUCUCUUAAAUAGUAAUUAUAAGUGCAGUCAAUGGAAUACCAAAAGGCGGCAGAAUUGAACGGUUUGUGCAAUGGCAAAAUUGUCACAGAGUAUCUCUGCCGUAACGGCUUUAGCGAGCUGACAGUCGAUACGAAGAAAGUCGCUGUGCAGCACAAAAACGAGACAUCCCGGAAAGAGGCGGAGGAUGAGUCGCGGUUACCUGCUCUGGAGGCGGCGUACACAACCAUCCUGCGAGGUCUGGGAGAGAACACGGACCGACAGGGGCUGCUCAAAACCCCGCUCCGUGCAGCAAAGGCCAUGCAGUUCCUGACCAAAGGCUACCACGAGACCAUCUACGAUGUCCUUAAUGAUGCCAUCUUUGACGAAGACCACGAGGAGCUAGUUAUUGUGAAAGAUAUUGACAUGUUUUCACUUUGUGAACAUCAUCUAGUACCAUUUUUUGGCAAGGUUCACAUAGGAUAUCUGCCAAGUAAAAAGGUUGUUGGCCUCAGUAAGCUUGCAAGGAUUGUUGAAAUCUACUGUCGCAGACUUCAAGGUAACUAUCCUAUUAUUAUCUAG